AUGACAGGCAAUGGGGGAAGUUCGAGUUUUGGCAAUGUAGGCACAUUAGGAAGCUCCGGCUUUGGUAGUGUUGGGACCGUUGGGAAUGGUAAUGAGGGAAGCUCGGGCUUUGACAAUGUAGACACAUUAGGAAGCUCCGGCUUUGGUAGUGUUGGGACCGUUGGGAUUGGUAAUGAGGGAAGCUCGGGCUUUGGCAAUUUGGGGAUAGUUGGGAACGGUAUUGAAGGAAGCUCGGGCUUUGGCAAUUUUGGGAUUGUUGGGACUGGCAGCGAAGGGAGGUCGGGCUUUGGCAGUUUUGGGAAGGAAGGAUGGUGCAUGUAA